UAGUUAUUAAAGCUUAAUUAAGCUUACUAAUUAUCUAUUAAAAAAUACUUUGUAACUCCUACUGAUUGCUUCACCUUCUUCUACAGGUUUCAUCUUUUCAAUGUCGUCCAUGGAUUGUUUAAGCCACUUCUUUAACUGGGAUCAACCUAUCCAGCUCCAGGAUUGCUUUAUUCCAGACAUGGAUAUGAUUAUCCCAGAAACCGACAGUUUCUACUUCCAAUCUCAACCGCAAAUGCAGUUUGAUCGGCCAUUGUUUCAAGAAGAAGCUCCUUCACAGAGCUUGUUAGAGCUCACUCACUUUGACGCUUUCUGCGACCAGUUGCUUCCUCCACAAGAAAUCUUUCUUCCUUACCCUAAAGCUGAAACAUUCGACGAGUCACACAACAUGGAUUCCUUCCUUCCCACGUCAAAACGCCAGAAACUCUUUAACUCAAGCUACCAUUGUAACACUCACAACCAUUUCCCAAGUCCUAACCUUGAGUACGUUCCAGAAGCUUCCAUCUUCCCGGAGUUUAUGGUUCCGGAUUUCCCCUUAGCGUUCGAGGCAGGUCGAGGAGAUCAAGAAGGCACCAAGAGACCAACGCUUUCAUCUCAGAGCAUCGCGGCUCGAGAGAGGAGAAGAAGAAUUGCGGACAAGACUCAGGAGCUCACGAAACUCAUUCCCGGUGGUCAGAAACUUAACACCGCCGAGAUGUUCCAAGCCGCCGCUAAGUAUGUCAAGUUCUUGCAAAGCCAAGUUGGGAUUCUCCAAAUGAUGCAGACCACAAAGAAGGUAGUAAUAAACCUUCCUAGAUAAUAAUACAAAUUAAUUAUAACUCUUAUCGUAUUUUCUCACGAGCUGGUUGUUUAUCUUCAGAGGCAGGGUAUCUCUGAUGCGGAAAUAGAAACUAAAGUUUUGCUUGGAUCACAAGCAAUCCAGGAGAAGCUAUCAACGGAGGAAGUAUGUUUGGUUCCGUGCGAAAUGGUUCGAGAGCUAACAAGUGAAGAAUCUAGUUGGAGAAACCCUAAGAUUUCUGGAGAGAUCACCAAGUUACUGUCUACAGAUCUGGCUAAUUAGUUUUAGUUUCAACUUUCAAGCCUGAAAAUCUCAAAGUCUCAGUGCCCAUAUUUGUCUAUGUUCUUGCUUUUAUUUGUGUUCUUAGUUUGUGUUUUGUAUUGAUGGUUAGUGGCUAAUUAUCCUGGUUAAUCUCCUCUUAACUAGGGACUAAUACUUUGUUUGUAUUAGUCUUAUGUAUUAGGCAUUAGCUAUCGUCUAGUUGUCCAUGUAUUUUAGCUAUCGUCUGACAUUUUCUGAUCUAGUUAGCUAAUUUAUUCCCGCAUGUUGAUUUUUACAAUAAAGAUGUUCGUUUGGUUGCCGCAGGUACCGGCGGCAGCGGCAGCGUCAACAUUCUGCGUCAACUCUUGUUCGUUUCGUUGACGCAGGAAGCUGCGUCCUGCGGCUGACGCCGAUAAAAUCUGCGGUCGCGAAAUAAAACCUGCGGCCAAUAACGUAAUUUAUUAUUUUACCUUUAACAUAAUUCAUUAUUUACAAAAAUCUGCUUUCUGCGGUAGUGUUGGCGUCGACUUCAACUUCCUGCGUCAACUUCAACUUCCUGCGUCUUCCAAACGAACAAUAAUUUGUGGCAGCGUCAGCGUCUGCAAAACGAACAACAACUGUCCUCAUUAAUGCUGCUGACGCAGACGCUGCCGCUGACACCGAAACCUGCGGCAACCAAACGAAACCAAACGAACAGGGCUAUUUAACAAAAAUAACACUUUUGGGGGCUUUAUUCCUUUGUGGGUUUUAUGUAUAAAGCCCGAACAACCAUACUAAACAAACUCUGAUCCAAUCCACGGUACGGUGGGCCGUCGAGUGAUUGACGCCUAAAAUUUGGGAUUUUCUAGUUUAAUAUUUGUAAUUUUUACAUAAUCAUAUAUGUGUUGACUUAUAAGAAAUACAUAAAACACAGAAACAUAUGAGGGAGUUAAUUUCUGGUAAAGGUAAAAAACAAAAAGUUAAAUUAGAUGUGUAUAUAUUUGAUCAGAAAAAGAGAUUAGAUGUGUAUAUAUUUGAUCAGAAAAAAAAAGAUUAGAUGUGUGUAUAUAUUUGAUUGAGGAAUAUCGUUACGGUCUCGUUAGAGAAUUCAUCAUUGCUUUUACGAAUAAAAAUAUCAUCAAUAUUGACAUACACAUCAAUCUUAUCCUAGUACUUUCUUCGCCAUAAUGUUAUUCUGUCGGUAUAUAUAUAAUUUACUAAUUAUUCAUAAUUUAAUUAUGGAAAUCCUUUAAUUAUAUAUAUUUUGGAGGGAUUAGUCUUGUAGUUAUUAGUAAACUAUCUUUAUCACUGGCUUAUUCUUCUUUUUAGGAUUUAAGGUUUUAACUUAGCUAGCUAGUCUAAAGAACUUUCUUGAUGCGACUUAAACCACUAUAUUUGAUCAAUUAUCAUAAACAUUCUCAACUUAAUUUAUAUAACUAAACUGCCCCAUAAUUAUACCCAUGUAAAAUGGUAAUCAUUUUCAUUAAUAUAUAAAAAAGGUGACGCCAAAUAGUUUCAUCCACAAGCCUAUUUUCCCACUAAAAUUUUCGUCCAAGUAUCAUAUUGGCCUCCCAUUAUUCUCUGUCCCAUCGUGAGAGAAUAAAAAUUAAAAACCAUAUAGAAAAGUAAAUAUUAUGAUAAUUAAACGUGUUAUAUUCGACUGUUCUUUUCUCCAUGCCCCUCAUCAAAUCAAACACCUUUUACAAAUAUAUUAUUUUUUGAACUUGUGAUGCAACUUUUCUUUCUAUCAAUCAGAGUCCGAUGGAUUUGACAAAUCUUAAGGUCACUAUUUUCAGAAUAAUUUUGAUCAAAAGUUGAGAUCCACACACUCAUAAUCUUUUUAAUCUAGCGGUGAUUUAACUUUUCAUGAUUAUUUAAUUUCAGUAAAGUAUGUGUGACACAGACGUAAAAACGGAGUGUUAAUAUUAAACUUUUUUUUUGGGUAAGAUGUUAAAUGUUAAUAUUAAACUUUCUUGGGAAUAUUUGGAUUUUAUAUAUUUUUUAUGAGUCGAAAAUUUAGUUUUAUUGUUUUAUUUCAUCAUUUUUUCAGACACGGACAUUAUGCCACUGUAAAUAUACUACACGUGAAAUAGUUGACUGUAAAUGCAAUCCGUAAUAAUCAAAGUUCGCUUCAGUAUCGUCAUGGGUCUUUUUAAACAAUGUAAUUUGUUAUUCUAUACGAUGCAGCUUUUGUUUCCAGUUUUUUUUUAUAACCGAAUAUUCUGGUCCCAUUGUGGUGAUUUAGACUAGAGACCGUAACGAGUAAAGAUGCUGUUAAGACGUCAUUAUAUAGCUCAUCGUGAACAGUCUUCGGUCUCGGAUGCUGAAAAUCCGCAUGUAAAUUUUUCAAUAACUGCGAGU